AUGGCGCCCAAGAGAUUCGCGGCCGAAAAGGCGGACCCAUCGCCGCUCGCACAACCGCUCAAGUUCGACAUCAGCGGCAAGACGGCCAAGAACAGGUUUAUGAAGGCGGCAAUGACGGAGCGGCUGUCAUCGUGGGAUCCCAAAGUACUGGAAAAGCGUGGCGUUCCGUCAAAGGAGCUCGUCAACGUGUAUCGGAGAUGGGGCGAGGGCGGCUACGGCGUCAUCCUCACGGGAAACGUCAUGAUCGAGUACGACCAGCUUGAAGCUGCCGGCAAUGCUAUCGUCCCCGCGACGCCCCUUUCCGGGAGCGUUUCGACGCCUUCAAGGACCUGGCGACGGCUGCCAAGAAGCACGGCAGUCUCAUGGUGGCCCAAGUCAGCCAUCCUGGACGCCAAGUGA